AUGUUCAACAACAAUACGUUGAUACAUCGUGUGUGUAUGUUUUUGAAGCGCUUGCAUCGUUAAAUUGAAAUUAUUUCGUUGGUUUUUUUUUCUUUUAUUAUUAUUUUGUUGUUGUCGUCGUUAUUUGUGUUUUGUUCGGUCGGCUUUUCCUUUCAACGGAAAAUUUUUAAAUGCUCAAAACGAGCGCGACAUCAGAACAUGACUACUAUUGAAGAAAGAAGACAAUAUUUGGAUAAUCCAUUUUACGAAAAGGCAUUGUACGGUGAUUUUUCGCCAUUUUACAAAACAAUUGCCGUUUGUACGGUAUUUUGUUUGAUAAUUUUCAUAUUGAACAUCGUACUUGGUUGCUGUUCCAAGCAUCGACAAUAUUGGCAAGAUCGACACACUGGUAAUCGUUGGAUUGUAUCACUUUGGACGGCAACACCGCAUAAGAAUCCGCCAUUAGAUUUGACUGAAUUGGAAAACGUGAGCUCAUUUUAUCCAAAGAGUGCUGACGUUGAACACCCAGAGGUUUCUUAUCAUCGUCCACAACAGGAGGAACGAGGUGGUUAUAGUCGCGCAUACAAUCAAUCACAACCAACUGAAGAAUACGUUGAGCUACAGCAACCGAAGCGAGAGAGCGAUAUUUAAUUAAAGCCAUUGUUCAUCAAUCCAUC